AUGACGCUGUUUGAUUUACUUGUUUUAACUACAACAAUCCUUUCUGUUCAAUCAGUAAUAACAAAAACUCCAAGUGGAGAUAUUCUUGGUUUUACAUCGAAUAAUGUCGAUAUUUAUAAGGGUAUUCCUUAUGGACAAUUUUCAACACGUUGGUCAUCAGCAACAUUACCUAAAUCAUGGACUGAUACACUUAAUGCAACUGAAUUCGGACCGAUUUGUCACCAAUCUGGUCCAUUUAAACUACCUCUACCAUUAGUAGAAAGUGAAGAUUGUCUCUUUCUAAAUAUCUGGGUACCAAACGGAAAUAAUUCAUUAUUACCAGUACGUGUAUGGUUACAUGGUGGUGGUUAUACAGCUGGUUUUAGUAAUGAUUAUGAUAGUGAAAAUCUUGCUCGUUUUUCUCAAUCAAUUAUUGUCACAAUUAACUAUCGUCUGGGAUUGUUUGGUUUUUUUCCUUUACCAAAUUUAAAUACACGUAAUCUUGGAUUGAUGGAUCAACAAUUAGCAUUACAAUGGGUACAAAAAAAUAUUCCAUCAUUUGGUGGUGAUAAAACAAAUGUUAUGAUAUUUGGCGAAUCAGCUGGUGGUAGUUCUGUUCUUGCUCAUUUACUUAUGGAAUCUAGUUGGCCAUUGUAUUCAUCGAUUGUAUUAGAAUCAGCUGGACCUUUUCAUUUUUCUGAUUGUAAAGAAAAUGAAAGAGUUAAUUUAAAAUUAAUUGAUAUAGCUUUUCCAGAAUGUCAAUCAAAUUUAACUUGUUUUCAAAAGAUAGAUGCUUCGAGACUUUAUCAAGAACUCACAAUUAAUUGGAUAAAAUUGUGGCCUUGUAUUGCAAAUGUUCUUGGUGGUUUUAAUGCCCAUGAAGGUCAAAGUGUUACAUAUAUAUUCAAUCAAUUUAAUAUGUCUAUUUCUGAAACAAGAUAUCAUGAUUUAACUGAACAAUAUCAAAUACCUUCUGAAUUAAUUGCUAAAUAUGAUCCAACAACAACUGAUAAAGAUUAUUUUAAUGCUUUUAGUUGGUUAAUUGCUAAUUAUUAUUGUUAUUGUCCUAGUUUUUAUCUUUUCAAUUAUCUUGCUACUAUUUCAUCAUCAUCAAUUUAUGUCUAUUUAUUUAUUCAUCCAUCUGAAAAUUGGAUAUUUACACCAUUACAUUUCAAUGCUACACAUUUGACUGAAAUUCCUUAUGUAUUUCAUAAUCAAUUUGCUGCCACUCAAUUAACACCAGUUGAAACAAAUCUAUCAUUAAAACUUAUUAAGUAUUUUACAUCAUUUCAUUUAUCUAAACAACCAUGGCCAUCUUAUAAAAUAAAUCAAACCAUAUUUAUUUUUGAUAUUGGUGAUCAUGGAAUAAAAACUCAAUUUGGUUAUGGUAAACAAAUGAUUGAAAAAUGUUCAGUUGUAUUAAAAUAUUUCGAUAGUGAUGAUUGUCAUGCUUAUUUAACUGAACAAGAAUGUUCAAAAAUGAAACAUUGUCAAUGGAUAGGAGAUCAUUGUGAUACAAUACAAACAUCUUCAGCUCUACAAAAUAAACAUUAUUCUUUCACUUUUUCUAUUGUUGUUUUGACUUUUUUAAUUAAUUUUCUAUUUAAAUAA